AGCCCCGGCGCCCAUUGGCUCGGCGGCGGCGGCCCGGACUCGGCGGGGCCCCAUAAAGGCUGCCCGCCCGCCUGCUCGCCCGCUGCCCGGCGCUGCCCCGCCAUGGCCCCGCAGCCUGCUCUGCCCUGGCUUCUCGCCGUCUGCUGCCUCUGCGCCCUGCCUCGGGGCUCAGGGUUCCCCCAGCCUUUUUCCCGCUACAGGGACGGCGUGAACCUGCCCAAAAGCCAGCAGCUGGCACUGUGUUUCAGCCAGUGGAUGGAGCUGUCUAAUCAACCCCAGAUCUCCAGCACUGUUUUGGAUCUUUGUUAUUCCAUGUUCAACCGCAUGCAUACAAAUGAGGAAUCAGAGAUCGCUGCUGCAAAGUUUACAAAGAAGGAUAGUCAUGAGACUAUGGGACGACCUUUUUUCCUUUUCAGGCCUCGAAAUGGAAGAACUAUUGAAAACACUGAAUACCACGGAAUAUGAAGUUCAUGGGUCCAUUUACCAGCUUGAUGACUUGGUUUACAUAAUGAAAAGGCACUUCUCAUUGCACUGGUUGUCUAUUACGUGACUCAGUUGUCUGGAAUCUGCUGUUCCAUGUAAUAAAUUUGCAAUCAUUAAUUA